CCCGCGUCCUCGAACCGCGAAGGAGACCCGUUCACUUGUUCCUUUCCAAACACAUCCAAGAUGCGUGAAGUUCUUUCUAUCAUGGUCGGCCAGGGCGGUUGCCAGAUGGGCAAUGCCUGCUGGGAGCUCUUCUGCCUUGAGCACGGUAUCCAGCCGGAUGGUCAGAUGCCCUCCGACAAGACUAUCGGAGGAGGAGAUGAUGCCUUCAACACCUUCUUCUCUGAGACUGGAGCUGGAAAGUACGUUCCCCGCUGUGUCUUCGUCGAUCUUGAGCCAACUGUGAUCGAUGAGGUCCGUACUGGUACCUACCGUCAGCUCUUCCACCCUGAGCAGCUCAUCUCCGGCAAGGAGGAUGCUGCCAACAACUUUGCCCGUGGUCACUACACCGUUGGUAAGGAGAUCGUCGAUCUCGUCCUCGACCGUAUCCGCAAGCUUGCGGACAACUGCACUGGUCUUCAGGGCUUCAUGAUCUUCCACGCCAUCGGAGGAGGUACCGGAUCCGGUCUUGCUGCUCUUCUCUGCGAGCGCCUUUCCGUCGACUACGGCAAGAAGUCUAAGCUCGGAUUCACCAUCAUCCCCUCCCCUCAGAUCUCCACCGCCGUGGUUGAGCCAUACAACUCCAUCCUCUCCUGCCACACCCUUUUGGAGCACAUGGACGUCAACGCUUCUUUGGACAAUGAGGCUAUCUACGAUAUUUGCCGUCGUAACUUGGACAUUGAGAGGCCCACCUACACCAACUUGAACCGUUUGGUUGCUCAGUGCAUUUCCUCCUUGACUGCUUCCCUUCGCUUCGAUGGUGCCUUGAACGUCGAUAUCACCGAGUUCCAGACCAACUUGGUGCCCUAUCCUCGUAUCCACUUUAUGCUUACUUCGUAUGCUCCUAUCAUCUCUGCGGAGAAGGCCUACCACGAGCAGCUUUCCGUGGCUGAGAUCACCAACGCCGUCUUCGAGCCUGCCUCCAUGAUGACCAAGUGCGAUCCUCGUCACGGCAAGUACAUGGCUGCUUGCCUCAUGUACCGUGGAGACGUCGUUCCCAAGGAUGUCAACGCUGCUGUCGCUACCAUCAAGACCAAGCGUACCAUUCAGUUCGUUGACUGGUGCCCCACUGGUUUCAAGUGCGGUAUCAACUACCAGCCCCCCACUGUUGUUCCUGGUGGAGAUCUUGCCAAGGUUCAGCGUGCUGUUUGCAUGGUUUCCAACUCCACUGCUGUCGCCGAGGUCUUCUCUCGUCUCGAUCACAAGUUCGAUCUUAUGUACGCCAAGCGUGCCUUCGUCCACUGGUAUGUCGGAGAGGGUAUGGAGGAGGGAGAGUUCUCCGAGGCUCGUGAGGAUCUUGCCGCCCUCGAGAAGGAUUAUGAGGAGGUUGGUGCUGAGUCCGCUGAGGGCGAGGGUGAGGAGGAGGGAGAGGAGUAUUAAGCAAUUAGCUUCCUGUCUUACUGACCGCUUCAAUAAACUAACGAAUUUAAUUCA